AGCGCCGCCUCUCCGCCGCCGCCGCCGCCGCCAUGAGUAUGCUCCGGCUGCAGAAGAGGCUGGCCUCCAGCGUGCUGCGCUGCGGGAAGAAGAAAGUUUGGCUGGAUCCCAACGAGACCAACGAGAUCGCCAACGCCAACUCCCGGCAGCAGAUCCGGAAGCUGAUCAAGGAUGGGCUGAUCAUCCGCAAGCCCGUGACCGUGCACUCGCGCGCCCGCUGCAGGAAGAACACGCUGGCCCGCAGGAAGGGCCGGCACAUGGGCAUCGGCAAGAGGAAGGGCACGGCCAACGCCCGCAUGCCCGAGAAGGUCACCUGGAUGCGGCGCAUGCGGAUCCUGCGGCGGCUGCUGCGGCGCUACCGCGAGUCCAAGAAGAUCGACCGCCACAUGUACCACAGCCUGUACCUGAAGGUGAAGGGUAACGUGUUCAAGAACAAGCGGAUCCUGAUGGAGCACAUCCACAAGCUGAAGGCCGACAAGGCCCGCAAGAAGCUCCUGGCGGACCAGGCGGAGGCGCGGCGCUCCAAGACCAAGGAGGCGCGGAAGCGCCGGGAGGAGCGGCUGCAGGCCAAGAAGGAGGAGAUCAUCAAAACCCUCUCCAAGGAGGAGGAGGCCAAGAAGUGACCGCCAUCAGAACCUCUGCCAUCAGAACCCUCUCCCGAGGAGGAGGAGGAGGAGGAGGAGGAGGCCGGGAAGUGACCGCGGGCUGUCUGUCCCCUGCGCUGAGCGUGUUCCAUCCCCGGGAUCCAAUAAAGCUUCCCGGGCAA